AUGUUUCCUUCAGGCGCCGGAGACCAGGCCCUGUUCACAUCCCUCUACACCACCCUGGCCCAGCAGCUGCCCCGGGAGCCCAUGGAGUGGAGGAGGACGUAUGGCCGCGCCCCUAAGAUGAUCCACCUGGAGGCCAACUUUGUGCAGUUCAAAGAAGAGCUCCUGCCCAAAGAAGGAAACAAGGCUCUGCUUACCUUCCCCUUCCUGCAUGUGUACUGGACUGACUGUUGUGACACGGAGGCGUACAGGGGCUCGGUGAAGGAGGACAUGCUGCGGUGGCAGAACAGUCUCAGGACUCACGGAUCCUCAGACUGGGUCAUCAUCCUGGUGGAAAACAACGACACCAGGAAGAAGAACAAGACCAACAUCCUGCCACGGGCCUCCAUCAUCGACAAGAUCCGCAGUGACUUCUGCAACAAGCAAAACGACAGGUGUGUGGUUCUAUCGGAGCCUCUGAAGGACUCGUCGCGGUCUCAGGAGUCCUGGAGCUCUCUGCUCCUCAAGCUCCGCACGCUGCUGCUCAUGUCCUUCACUAAGAACCUGGGGAAGUUUGAGGACGACAUGAGGACGCUGAGGGAGAAGAGGACGCAGCCCGGCUGGAGCUUCUGCGACUACUUCAUGGUCCAGGAGGAGUUGGCCUUUGUGUUUGAGAUGCUGCAGCAGUUUGAAGACGCUCUGGUCCAAUACGAUGAACUGGACGCUCUGUUCACACAAUACGUGCUCAACUUUGGAGCUGGAGACACGGCGAACUGGCUGGGUUCGUUCUGCGCCCCGGUGCGCUGUUGGAACGGCCUGUUGCUACGGCGACCGAUCGACAUGGAGAAACGUGAGCUGAUCCAGCGUGGAGAGGCCAGUCUGCUGGACCUGCGCAGCUACCUGUUCUCCAGACAGUGCACUCUGCUCAUCUUCCUGCAGAGGCCCUGGGAGGUCACUCAGAGAGCCCUGGAGCUGCUGCACAACUGUGUCCAGGAGCUGAGGCUGCUGGAGGUGUCUGUCCUGGAGGGGGCGCUGGACUGCUGGGUGUUCCUCAGUUGUCUGGAGGUUUUGCACAGAAUCGAAGGCUGCUGUGACCAGGUGCAGCUAGCGGCUAACUGCUCUCACACUGUGGGACUGUGGGCCUACGCUACGGACAAGCCCCCCGCAGAGCCAGAGACGCAGACCGCCCUGGCUUCCCAGACCCUGUGUGGCGGCUGA